UCUGGGGGACCAACCAACGCCAAUGCGAUCGAACGGCUCACAGCAAGGACCGACCUUAAAGAGGUAGAGGUACUGAGGUAGGUACUAGGUACCCUGUCCCUGUUAAUCGCAAUCUAACGGACACACACCAUACUUUGCACUUCCGCGCAGCCAAUUAUGAGCCGACCUCUCCCUCUCCCUUCCUCUACUACGAUUCCAGUUGUGGAUUGGACGACCUACUAACCUCGGCUGUAAACUCUGACUCGCUUACGUCUCUGUGUUUUACUCGCUGGCUCCAAUCCUGAGUCUCCUCGAUAGAGCCAACAAAAACCUAGGGUUUUUUCACAGGCUUAAACAACCAGAAUAUAUGACAUUUGUCCAGAACUAUGGUCGAUUGCAGUAAUGCUUCUUGAAUUGAUCCAGUUCCAAUUCUGAUAGAAGUGCGUAAAUUCACAUGGUUUCUUCAGGAGAAACACGAAAUGAAGUUGCUUCUGAUGAUUUGCUCCAAGUAGGGGAGCCAGAUGCUUCAGAACCGAUCCUUGAUGAUGUGAGUAAGAGUAACAUAUCACAACGGAUUCCUGAAAGUGGUAUUCAUUCAUCACAAUCUAACCUAGAAGGAAGGUCUGCCCACACUAUACCCGAGAAAGCAUCACAAGAGCCUGAUGCUGGGAUCCAUAUAUUGCGGAUUGAUCAAGAAGGUAGCAUUUCUGCCAUACCCAAGAAAGUCUCAGAAUCCCCUGAUGAGGGUUCCAUUGCUUUGCAAUCUAGUCAACAAGGUAGUGCUCCACCUAUUAUACGUGAGAAAGUGUCGGAGGAUGGAUAUCACUGGCGAAAAUAUGGGCAGAAACAUGUUAAAUCCAGCCAGAAAGUUGUCAAAGGGAAUGAGCUUAUAAGGAGCUAUUACAGAUGCUCACAUCCAAGGUGCCUAGUGAAAAAGCAAUUGGAGAUUUCUAGUGAUGGACGAAUUAUACAUACUAUUUCCUUUGGUCAUCAUGAUCAUCCUAAACCUCGAGACAACCUCCCUGUAGAUGGUGGAGUUGUUUUGUCAAUUGAAGAAAAAAGAGAUGACCCCUCUUUAUCUGGCAUGGAAGACAGCCAGAAACCUCAUGAGAUUGAGCCAACAAAUACUCCUCAACUUUCUACUGUUGCAUCAAAUAAUGAUGUGAAAGGUGCGCUUUCGGAUUCAAACAGGACAAGAUUCGAGGUUGAUAUUGGUGACAGUCCAGGUGCAAAACGAACCAGGAAGAAAGGGGAUCGUAAAGGUGAUGCAAUUCUGGUGGGUAAAUCAACUAGUGGACCACGUACGGUUGUCGAAACUUUAAGUCAAGUAGAUAUCAUAAAUGAUGGGUAUCGAUGGCGCAAAUAUGGACAGAAAUUAGUGAAAGGCAGUCCAAAUCCAAGGAGUUACUAUAGGUGCUCAACUUAUGGUUGCCUUGCAAAGAAACAUAUAGAGAGGGCAGCUCAUAACCCAGCACUGGUGAUAACCACUUAUGACGGACAGCAUGAUCAUGACUCGUCUCCUGCAAUGACAGUUACCCAUGACCCAGCUAGUUCGGACACCAACAAUAGAGGUGAGUCAGGUACAAAACUUAUGGAAAGUUUCACCAAUUGUCUUGAUAUGGUUGUUAGCCAUACUGAUCGCAUUGUCAAUGCUGAACCAAAGCAACAAGUCAAGAGUAAGAGUAGGAAGUUAGAACGAAGUGGUGUUGCAAACUUCGACAUGGUGUCUCAUUCUUGCAUGGCUCAUGAAUGCAAAUCAAAUGGGAAAAACAAUGUCAAGUCAGCUUCAUCCGAAGUGAAUAAUGCUUCUGAUCUUGAUAUGGCCUCUCAUUCGAGUUCGGGUUCAAAGAGUGUUAGAUGAGCAGUGCAAUGGUGAAUCAGGAACUAGGUUGAAUGAAAUUGAUGGUAUACGGUUUGUUCAUGCCAAUCCAGUUAACCCACAUGCAGUAUGCCGAAAAGAUAAAUUCUCAUUGCUUGUACCUUUAAAAUUUAGCAAUUGCAGGGGCAUCCAUCAAAUUGGCCUUGAACCAUUGGAUGCCUUUGUCAGACUGGGGGGAACCCGAUUGAUUAUCGAAGGAUUAUUGACUCCACUGUUUGUAUAUAGAUGUUCUAAUUGUCAAUGUAACUUUUAAGCGGUCUGAGAAAAAAAUAUAUUGAUCAACAGCUGCUACUAGCCACCGAGAAGAUCAGAUAAAGAUGUACACAGAACUGACUGAAGUUUGUAAUGUUGCUGCUGUGUACGAUCAAGUUCGAAGAAGAAGACGACCAAGUGGAGUGAAGAGAAAGAAAUAGUUGUGCUUCUGUGAGAUCCUUGUGCUUAUAGAAUUGGUAAAAGAAAAGAGCGUGGAUGAGAAGUUCUCACCUGAAUUUAUUGUUGCAGCUUUUAUCAUAUGGUUGGGAUGAUAUUAGUAUUGAGUUGUGUUUCAUAAUACUCCCUGUUAAUUUUGUGAAAUUGGUUUUAUGUUUGCUC